UAUUCUUCGACGAUCUUAAGAUGUUACAGACACCCACUUAUAUGUGGAUUGUGCUUAUUUUACAAAAAUAAAAAUAAAUAAGGUUUAUUUUUUAAAGAUUUAGCAACCUUAUUAUGUUUUGACAUCAUUGUAAAUAUACUGUCAUCUAUCCACCACCUAAAUUUUCCAUCAUCCUUACCCCUCAGUUGAUCCUUCUCCCUUUUUCAGGUGGUUAAUACAUUUUAUAUAGCACAUAUUGAAAAGGGUAAGACUAAUGCAGGUUUAUUAUUAACAUAUUCAUUCCACUCCAUUUUGGUCUUGAAAUAAACCUGCAUAUUCUCUGUAAAUUCUGUGGUCUUUGAGGACAAGGUCUGGCUGUUAUUCAGGAUCGAGAAAAUGAAGUACAUACCCUUAGUAGGUAAGGUGGCAGGAAGCACUACUUUAUGAAAUUAUCAGUGGAAUUGUGAAGGCUUUGACAGCACAAAAUCAAAAUAGGCUGGCAAAAAUAAUAAAUAUCUUGAAACUUCUAAGAUAAAACUUUUCCUAAAUCAUCAAAUAAUUAUUAUUUAAUUGCUCUAAGGAUAGCAUGCAGUGCCUUUAGUUGGCUAUAAUUCAAGUUUUUCCAAUUGUACCAAUGUCUAAUUUAUUUGCACAUAGUCACACAAAAUUAAUACAUUAAUAAUUAACCUGCAUUAGAAUGACAUGUUUCCAAUAUAUACUAUAUGAAAUAUGUCAGCUAAUUAAAAAGGAACAAAGGAGGAGGUGAGGUCAUGGAAAGGAGAAAAAUGUAGGUCGUGGAAGACAUGAGUAUUUAAGUAAAUGAGCAAAUAUGUAAGCUCUAUUAAAAGUAUUGCCAUUAAAAUACUACUGGAGAAAUUCUGCUUAAAGAGUUCUGCACAUGGAAAGAGGUGGAGGUAGGUGGGGGGAAUCACGAAAGAUGAAUUUGAAGUUUAAAGUUCUAUUAGGAAAUACUGUCUCUGAAAUAAUGACAAAUUUAUACCUUUUGGACCUAGAAAUAAAAUACAAUGUUAUUUUAACAUCUCAUGUUUUAUAAUUUUAAUAAUAUUGUCACUAAUUCUAUUUUUCAGAAACCGUAUCUGAGAACUACCUCCAUCCAGUGCUUUUUGGGUUUACUUCUGAACAGUCAUUUUUUAAACGAAGUUGGCAUUCAUGUUUUCAUUUUGGGCAGUGUCAGUGCCAGUCUUCCUAAAACAGAAGCAAACUGGGAGGAUGUAAAGUGUGAUUUGGAAAAAAUUGAAAAGCUUAUUCAAUCUGUACAUUUUGAUGCCACAUUAUAUACUGAAAGUGAUGCUCACCCUAAUUGCAAAGUAACAGCAAUGAAUUGCUUUAUCCUGGAGUUAAGUGUAAUUUCACAUGAAUCCAGAAAUAUGGAGAUUGACGAAACUGUAGAAAAUCUUAUCAUUCUAGCAAAGAGCAGUUUAUCUUCUAAUGGGAAUACAACCGAAUCCGGAUGCAAAGAAUGCGAGGAACUGGAGGAAAAGAAUAUUAAGGAAUUUUUACGGAGCUUUUCGCAUAUUGUACAAAUGUUCAUCCACUACCCUUCUUGAUUACAAUUGAUCAUCUUCAGCAUUUCUGUUAUUAACAAACAUCUUUGUGCUGCUUCGAGAAAACAAAACACCGUAUUUCAAAUAUGCUGCCAGAACAUUUUCCAAACAAGAGGAUGAACAGGAUCUUGGCUCAGAGGAAUUCUCAGAAAAGAAGACAGAAAAAAUGUCUUAAUAAAAAAUCAGUUGCCAUUCGUUGAUAUGGCAAGCUGACCUUACAUGCUUCCGAGUAAAACUCACUCUGUGAGAGUUUUCAAUGGCUGAUCCUUUCAAAGUAGAUCUUUAGCCCUUUCCUCUGAAGAAACUCUGGGUGAACUUGCACUUCUGACCUUGAGGUUGCCAGCCAGCACAUUAACUUUUCCAGAGUGACUAUGAGCUACCAUUUUGUGUUGUGUUUUUUAAAUUUUAAUUUAUUACCGAGCAUGUAUAUAUUUUAGUGUAACAUAAAAUAUUAAAUAAAAUGAUGUAAAUAUUUUAACAUUUAAAAUUGCACUGAUAUUUUGCCUUUCACAAGAAAUAGGAGAUGUGUUCCGGAGUGAGUGAGAAUCAAAAUAUUUGACGAUUAUUUAGCAAGAGCUGCUUAUCAGUGGCAAGAGAAAGGUGUGAGAGCGGGCUUCCAUCAGAUGGACAACCUUGCAAAGCCCACGUGACAGUUCUACUCUGUGCUGCAGGGCCCCCCCCCAGAGUCACAGCCAACUCAACCAAGAUAUGUUUGCUUUAAUUAUCAAUGUUGGACAUACCGAACCUCGUGAGGAUGAUCCUCCUCGUGUGAAAUCACUAACUGCUAGCCUUCAUUUCCCUUUCAGUUGUCUCUGACCCCAAAGGAAGCAGUUACUGUCUGUGAUAUAUAAAGCACCCUUUAUGGAGGAAAUGACAAAAUUGUAAGUGCCUGCUAGAAAAUGUACAUUAAUCCAUAAUCAACAUUGACAGAUAAGUACCCUUGUAUGCAGAAAACUAGUACUGACAUAUUUUAUGCUUUCCCAAGUGUAGACAUUUUAUUUUUAUAUUGCUUUUGCCAUGUGUGUAAAGAAACUGAAAAUGUGUUGAAAUUGCCAAUUAUCUGGUAGAAAAUAAUUGUUUAUAAUGCUUUGUCUCAAUUGGCUAUCUAAAAUUAGCGAGUGCUCGUGUAGAACUACGAGAUAAAUGAACUAUUCUUGUAUCAUUAUGACUUUAAGUCCUUUAACUCCAUUUAUGCCAAAGGAAAUAUUAGAGCCUUGAAUUUGUAAUAACCAAGUUUUCUCAGAACUGAUGAAUUUUCCCCAAUAUAUCUUUUUCUCUGAUAAUAAACAUUUUGACUCUGA